CGCGAGACUCUGAGCCCGACUUGUGCGCCCGGGAAACCCUGUUGCUCCCUUUCCCCUGACUGGCAGCGCGGAGGCCGCACGAUGCCUGGAGUUACUGUAAAAGACGUGAACCAGCAGGAGUUCGUCCGAGCCCUGGCAGCCUUCCUCAAAAAGUCCGGGAAGCUGAAAGUCCCUGAAUGGGUGGACACUGUCAAGCUGGCCAAGCAUAAAGAGCUGGCUCCCUAUGAUGAGAACUGGUUCUACACACGAGCUGCUUCCACAGCACGGCACCUGUACCUCCGGGGCGGCGCUGGGGUCGGCUCUAUGACAAAGAUCUAUGGGGGACGUCAGAGAAAUGGCGUCAUGCCCAGCCACUUCAGCAGAGGCUCUAAGAGUGUGGCCCGCCGGGUCCUCCAAGCCCUGGAGGGGCUGAAAAUGGUGGAGAAGGACCAAGAUGGCCAGAUACCUUCCUGGGAACCCUGGCUCACGUCCAGAAGGAGCUUGGUGGGGCCAAGGCAGAGAGCUCGCACUCACCACGGGAUGCAUGACCCUUCCCUCCUGCAGGGGCCGCAAACUGACACCUCAGGGACAGAGAGAUCUGGACAGAAUCGCCGGACAGAGGGAUCUACUCUUGCCUGCUUUGGAGGGUGGUGUGAGGAUUCAGUGAGCUGCAGCAGGAGCCACCUGGGCCUGGAGGGUACCCAUUGGUGGGUUCAGGCCUCCUAGGAGCCUUGGGAAUGUUUAGUCACUUAGGUAUCAGAAAAGAAUGGAAGGUGUCGGCCCUCUGGGAGUCGGGGGUGGCCUGGAGGGAGAUGGUGAGCUCUCCCAGGGCAGAGCAGGGCCUGGUGCAGACAUUUGUGUGGUGGACACAGGGCAGUGGGCAGGGUUGGAGGCAUGUGCCACUCCCAACACCCCCUUUCCUUGAGUCCCAGAGGGUGCUUCUGUAAAAUGAGAUACCUUGGGCUGAGAGGAGAUGAAAAGUGACACCACAAAUCUGGAUGCCCGGCACCUGCGAGUGGGGUGGCUACAGGGAAAUGCCUGACUACAGGCCCCACAGCUGGUUAUUCACUCUUCCAUUUUUUCCCCACAGGUGGCAGCUGCCAACAAGAAGCAUUAGAACAAAUGAUGCUGGGUUAAUAAAUUGCCUCAUUCGUA